AUGAGCAUCACUUUUCAUAAUUUAUGGCUACUUUUGACAGUGUUAUGCACUGCAGGUAUUCGUGGUGAUCGAGUCUGGUACGAUUGUCCAGAAAAAGGAGUGGACACAUCGCGGGACGACAUACAAGCUUUGUGCCGUGCAGCGGAGCAGUUCAGAGGCCUAUCACAAACAGUAACAUCUGCUGUGGAAACUUCCGCGGCUGCUUCAAGUAAAGCAUUUGAAGCAAAGGUACAAGCAGAGGAAGCUGUGGAACUUGCCGAGUCGAGAGGCCUAAACGUUACGAAAGCGAAGGAAGCUGCUGUGAGAGCAACACUCGCUGCUGAAGCUGCGGCCACGGCUGCAAGUAAUGUGGAAAUUGACGCUGCAAAUAUUGCUGCGGUGCCGUGGUCACAACCAAGCAGUGAUGCAGGUUUACAAAAGCUGGCACUUUGUGAAAACAUCGACAAGAGUUUACGACAGUUGGCAUCAAAGUGCUCGAAGAGAGCGGAAAACGUGACGGCCCAAUCGCUCAGUGAGGCGUUGGAGGGACUAAGAAAACUACACUACAAUGAUGUAUACGUUAAGGAAAUAUUAGAGAGAGAAGAUGUUGAGUUCCACAAAGAGUUUAUGUGGUUACAGCACCACCUCCGGGAGGCUGUCCGUGCACAAAAACAGGCUGAGGAUGCAGCUGCAGAGGCGAAUGAAAUAGCCGGCACAAAUACGGGACCAGUUGGAAAUUCCGUUGCAUCACCUGAAGGGUCAGUGCUGCUACUGAUGGCUGGACUGUUUCUCGGUUCUGUACUGUAA